AUGACAGACUCGACGACAUCUAGUAAAAUCUCCAUAACCAUCAACUUCGUUCCUCCCUCCACCGCAGACUCCGACCCCGCAUUAGUAACACGUGUAACCGAAAUUAUCAACGCAGCAUACGCAACGGAAGCAGACUUAUUCAUCGAAGGCUACCGCCGCGUCGACGAGGAGGGUGUACGCCAGAUUAUUCGCGCGGGGGAGCUCAUCGUUGCGUACGGGGAGAAUUCUCUGCCUGUUGGCUGUAUCCGCCUAUCGCACGUGCCCAAGGUCUCGGAAAGCGACAUCGACGCAUACGAGCUGGGUUACUUGUCGGCCGACCCAUCGAUGAGAGGCGCAGGAAUCGGCAAGGUGCUUGUUACCUUCGUAGAAGGGCACUGUCGGCGCAAGGGAAUGCAGGAGAUGCAACUAGCGCUGCUGGUCCCGCUGUGGUUUGGCGAGGGUGGGCAUCCCUUCAAGAAACGCUUACACGAGUGGUAUCUGCGAUUAGGCUACCGGGUAGUGAGGGCGGAGUCCCUCACAAAGAGUUACCCAGCUCUGGCGGCGCAGUUGAGGGGCGAAUGUGAAUAUAAAACUUAUAGGAAGACAUUGUAA